GCUAAGCUUCUAAGGAUCCUGUACUGGAAUGCGAAUAGAAGCCUAAAACAAUAUUGACCAGGGCAAUGCUGAAGGAACAGGAUUUCGACAUUGCGUUAGUAAACGAAACCCUCCUCACUCACAAGACGAAAAUCAAGUUGCUUGGACGGUCUGGAACGAAUUCGAGUCCAUCAUCGAGGAUUCCUGUCCUAACAGAGCCGCCUCUAUGCGGAAAUUAUAUUAAUAUAGAAUCUCUCGAUGUGGAUAUCACAAGUUCAAUACGAGAUGCUUUACGUGAAGCUACCGUCGAGACACCACAUUCCGACUAUAAGCCACCUCUCCCCAACAAAAUCAAAAUACUGUUGGAAUGACUAGACGCAAAUGGCAGAAAACGAGGUGUCCCUUUCUGAAAACCAAUGUGAAUCAACUUGCUGAAAAAAUCAAGGAUCUCUUGCACGACCAAUCAACCCAUAAGUGGGACGAAUGCAUAGAGACGGCGAGUCAGGACCCUAUAACUCUCCACAGACUGUGCAGACUUCUCACUAAGGCUCCAGAACCCAAACACCCAUUUUCACCAAGAUUGCAACCUACGCUACCGUGCAGCAGACCGCGCAGGCAUCCUGGCAAGGCAUCUUCAGAUUCAGUUCACACUGAAAAUGUCACUCGCGAAAACCGAGAAUACUUUGACAACGAAUCUCAUUCUCACAAUUAUCACAUUAUCACAAUUCCUAAACCAGGGAAAAAUCCCAGAAAAGCAGACUAGCUACCGACCGAUAACUCUCCUCUCUUCCAUUUCGAAAAAAUUCUGCAGUCUUCCAGGAAAAAAGACUUGAACAUGAUCGUUUAGGAUCGAAGGAAAAGACGGUAGCUAUUAAUGUUUACAAAUUUAUCACGCACAUGAUGGUAACUUAUCCAUAUAAAACGGAUAUUGCGCAAAAAGUGUCGGAAGUCAUGGGAAUCUCCACAGCAACAGUCAAUCCUCAAUAAAAAAUAAGCCUCAAUAGCUCAACGGUAAGAGCGGUUGGACUCAUCACCGAGGGGUGGUAGUUCGAUCCUCACCCCGUUGGUCUAUUGUCGUACCCACUCCUAGCACAGUCUUUUCCGACUAGUUGGAGGGGAAUGGGAAUAUUGGUCAUAUUAUAAAAAAAUAUGGCAAAUAUUCUUUUAAAAAAAAAAAAAAAAAAAAAAAAUCGAAUUUUGGCCGAAUACAAGAAAACAUGUGACAUCACCUAAAAAACCACCAUCAAAUCAUGUUGUUAUAUAAAAAUUAGAUGAUUUCACAUUGAUGGCAAUCAAGAGAAAAAUUCAUCAAUUUUUUUUCAAGAAUGAAUUACCAACCAUAGACAAAGUUUUGGCUGCUGUAAAUGAAGACCAGGACUUGGAUGUACAAUAUUUUUAAAAAAAAUUUCGUACCUAAAGCGGACGAGAAACAGUAUUUUACUAGAAAAGCCCGACUUAAUGACGUGGAGGACAAAUUAUUUACUUAGAAUAGAAAAUUACCGCAAAGAAAAUAAGAAGAUUUACUAUACUGAUGAGACAUGGUUGAAUGAAGGACACACUGCAAACUACAUUUGGGUCGACCAAGACAUUGCAAAUAGCCGCCAAGCGUUUUUAAAUGAGCUAUCCACAGGCCUUAAAAACCCAAAAACGAAAACGCUUGAUACUCACGCAAAUAGGUAAAUAGGUAGCGAAGAUGGUUUUCUGGAAGGGGGAGUAUGUAUAUUCAAGGCCAAGAAAACCGAUGCUGAAGGCGAAAUCCAUGGUGAAUUGGACUCUCACAAUUAUGAAAAAUGGUUCGCGCAAAUACUUAAUGUAAUUGAACCUGUGUCGGCAGUCGUGUUAGAUAACGCACCGUACUACUCAAGACUGGUACUACUGGACAUACAACAGUGGCUGCAAGAGAAAGAGUUACAUUAUCUCGGAAAUGACACGAAAGCAAUAUUGCUAACAAAGUUUGACAAAGCAAACUUUAAAAAGAAAGUGAUUGAUGACAUGGCAGACAAAAAAAUAUAAGUUUUACGCCUUCAUUGUGAAUUAAAUCCCAUCAAGUUGAUAUGGGCUCAGCUUAAAUCUUACUGAACUGAACUGUUCACUUUAUAAAACGCACCUGCGCAAGUUUAAAAAAUCCUGUUCUUUUACUUAUGGACAACCACGAGUCAAAUCUAAAAAUUGAAGCAUUAAAUUUGGCUUAAAGGUCCGGCGUGACUGUUCUCACUUUACAUCCUCACACAACUGCGAAAAUGCAGCCACAAAAGGUCGCUUUUGGCAAAUUUUUUAAAGACUUGAAAAUAUUGAAGCCAGAUCCGGCCUUGCCAUACAAUCAUAAAAACUUGUUACACAUUGAAAAAAUGCAUAGUUCAUUGUUAGGGAAAAAUAGUGUGUCAUUAGUGGAGGCAUAAUGGAACACAUAUAUUAAUUAAAUAAUAAUCAUUGUGUGUACCGUACAGCACAGAUAACGGUACGUUCACACGGAGACACGAUUUGCCGAAUCUUAUUUUCAUCGGAUCUGGAAAAACCGAAUGUUGUAUUCACACAGCACAUCUUGUUUGGCCGUAUCCGACGGCCUCGUAUCGGGAUCUCGUGUGAACUCACCAUCCGGCUUUUAUUAGCAAGAGCGCGCACAGUUCCUCACGUUGAUUUGGAAGCGAUGGACGUGAACAGUCUUGCUAUACUAUACUGGUAUUAUCGCCGUCAGCGUCGUAGAAAAAGAUUGUGGUUAAACCCAAUAGUACAAAGAAGAUCAACAGUUGGUGCCUUUACAACUCUAAUGCAGCAGUUAAGAAAUGAUCCACAAAAAUUUUUUAACUACUUUAGAAUGACUAUACCUACAUUUGAUAAUCUUUUGAAAAAAGUGGAAAAAGAUUUGAAAAAGCGUGAUACAAAUAUGAGGAAAAGCAUUAGACCAGAAGAAAAAUUAGCGAUAUGUAUAAGAUAUAUGGCUUCUGGGUGUUCAUACAAGGAUUUACAUUACGCCUACCGAGUCGGAGUGUCUACGAUCAGUAACAUUAUUAAGGAAGUAACGAAUGCUAUUUGGAACAAUUUGCAUGGGGAGUUUAUGACAUUACCCAACACAAUAUCUGACUGGGAAUAUAUCGCCAAUGGAUUUAAUACUAGAGCAAACUUUCCCCAUUGCAUUGGUGCAGUGGACGGUAAACAUAUUAGGAUAAAAAAGCCAAACAACAGUGGUUCCAUGUUUAUGAAUUACAAAGAUUUCUUUUCCAUCGUAUUAUUAGCAGUGGUUGAUUCAUAUUAUAAAUUUACAUACAUCUGUGUGGGCUCGUAUGGAAAAGAAUGCGAUUCGACAAUAUUCAAGGAGUGUACUUUUUGGAAAAAACUAAUAGAUGGUGAUUUGCAAUUACCGGCAGCAUGUCCACUGACAAACGAUUCCGAUUUAUCGAUUCCGUUUGUAGUAAUAGGCGAUGAAGGUUUUGGCUUGCAUCAACAUUUGAUGAGACCUUAUGGCGGAAACCAUUUGGAUAGAAACAAAAGAAUAUAUAACUACAGAUUAACCAGAGCUCGACGCUAUGUUGAGUGCGCCUUUGGGAUAUUAGCUAACAAGUGGCGAAUAUUUCAUCGUCCACUGGAUGUUGAUACCAGCACAGCAAUAUCGAUUGUAAAGGCUUGCACUGUACUUCAUAAUUUUAUAAUAGAUAUGGAAGGUGUACAGUCGAACAUAGAAACAACAAGCAAUGUAUCAUCAGUGGUUAACGUGUUCACAGAUGCACCCAAUGAACAAAAUAGUACACGAGGUGGACGAUGUGCUAAUGUUAUACGAUCUGAAUUCACAAAUUAUUUUAUUUCUACAGCAGGAGCUGUGCCUUGGCAAGACGAAUCAAUCUAACGUUAAUUUUGUAACACACUGCUAAUGUACAAAUACUUAACCUGUUUACUUUAAAAAAUUACAAACUUACCAUAAU